AUGGGGGCCCUGACCAGCCGGCAGCACGCGGGCGUGGAGGAGGUGGACAUCCCGUCCAAUUCCGUGUACCGCUACCCGCCCAAGUCCGGAAGCUAUUUUGCCAGCCACUUCAUUAUGGGAGGAGAGAAGUUUGACUCCACGCACCCUGAGGGUUACCUAUUUGGAGAGAACAGUGAUCUGAACUUUCUGGGGAACAGACCAGUAACGUUUCCUUAUGCUGCCCCACCCCCCCAAGAGCCCGUGAAGACUCUGAGAAGCCUGAUCAACAUCCGGAAGGACACACUAAGACUCGUAAAGUGUGCAGAGGAGGUAAAGACCCCUGGAGAAGAGGUUGGCAGAGCUAAGGUCCGCUACAACGUGGAGUUCACCUUUGACACUGACACUCGGGUGGCCAUCACCAUCUACUAUCAGGCCACGGAAGAGUUCCAGAAUGGGAUUGCCAGCUACAUCCCCAAAGACAACAGCCUGCAGUCGGAGACGGUGCACUACAAGCGAGGGGUUUGUCAGCAGUUCUGCCUGCCCUCUCACACCGUGGACCCCUCCGAGUGGCCGGAGGAGGAGCUUGGCUUUGAUCUGGACCGAGAGGUUUACCCUUUAGUGGUCCACGCCGUGGUGGAUGAAGGAGACGAGUAUUUUGGCCAUUGCCAUGUACUGCUGGGCACUUUCGAAAAGCACACAGAUGGAACUUUCUGCGUCAAGCCCCUCAAACAGAAACAAGUGGUAGAUGGGGUCAGCUACCUCCUUCAGGAGAUCUAUGGAAUUGAAAACAAGUACAACACACAAGAUUCUAAGGUGGCUGAGGAUGAAGUAAGCGAUAACAGUGCUGAGUGUGUGGUGUGUCUCUCAGAUGUCCGGGACACUUUGAUUCUGCCCUGUCGCCACCUCUGCCUGUGUAACACGUGUGCCGACACCUUGCGCUACCAGGCCAACAACUGCCCCAUCUGCCGACUGCCCUUCCGGGCACUGCUUCAGAUCCGGGCCAUGAGGAAAAAAUUGGGCCCCUUGUCCCCAACCAGCUUUAACCCCAUCAUCUCGUCCCAGACGUCUGACUCGGAAGAGCAUUCGUCCUCAGAGAACAUUCCACCAGGCUAUGAAGUGGUGUCUCUUCUGGAAGCCCUCAAUGGGCCCCUCACCCCAUCCCCAGCGGUCCCAGCCCUCCACGUGCUUGGAGAUGGCCACCUGUCAGGAAUGCUGCCCUCCUACGGCAGCGAUGGCCACCUGCCCCCUGGCAGGACACUCUCCCCGCUCGACCGCCUGUCUGACUGCAGCAGCCAAGGAAUCAAGCUCAAAAAGAGUCUUUCCAAGUCCGUGUCCCAGAAUUCUUCCGUGUUGCAUGAAGAGGAAGAUGAGCGUUCUUGCAGUGAGUCAGAGACCCCACUCUCUCAGAGGCCUUCAGCCCAGCAUCUGGAAGAGGAAUGUGGUGUAACCCCAGAAAGUGAGAAUCUUACCCUGUCAUCCUCGGGAGCUAUUGACCAGUCAUCUUGCACGGGGACGCCUCUCUCUUCCACAAUCUCCUCCCCAGAAGACCCUGCCAGCAGCAGUCUGGCCCAGUCGGUUAUGUCCAUGGUGUCCUCCCAGAGCCAGCACUCCCAGAUCAGCACCGACACGCUGUCCUCCAUGUCCGGCUCCUACAUCGCCCCUGGCACUGAGGAAGAGGCGCUCCCCUCGCCGCGGGCCGCCAGCAGGGCCCCCUCAGAAGGAGAGGUGAUGCCGGCAGCAUCUGCAGACAGCAACUUCAUUGGCCUGGCUGCCGAAGAGCAGGACGCAGAGGGGAAUGAUGUUAUAGAAGAGGACGGAUCGCCCACACAAGAAGAUGGCCAGAGGACAUGCGCAUUUCUAGGUAUGGAGUGUGACAAUAACAAUGACUUUGGCAUCGCCAGCGUGAAAGCACUGGACAAUAAGCUGUGCCCUGAGGUCUGCUUACCCGGCACCUGGCAGGCCGAUGACAACGUUGUCAGUCGUCGGAAUGCACAGCGCCGGCGCUUAUCAUCUGGCAGCCUGGAGGACCCCGAGGACAGGCCCUGUGUGUGGGGUCCUUUGGCCGUCUGAGAGCCCCAGCCCGUGCACCUGGGCUCCCUCCUGCCCCCACCUUCCAUCCUGGCCUCACUGGACUGCUGGCCUCCUGGGCGUCCUCAGCGAGACCAUGAAGACUCUGCAUCCAGAUGAAAGCUGGACAUGGAGGUCCACCUGCUCCUGCUCCCAGCCCGGUCUCCUCCAUAACCAUGACCCUUCCCC